AUUAUUGAGGUAAUUACAAAUAUUGGAAAGAAAAAUUAUUUAUAUUUAUAAUUUUGUAUUUAUGGCAGUUUCGCAAUUAAAUAACGUCUUCAUAAAUUAACGAGAGCCACAGAAAUAGGCGCCAAUGUAAGCGCAAUUUUCCCGCCGGGAAAAUCACCGACUUCACUUUCUCUUCUCCCUCUCCCUACUACCAAAACUACCAAAACCACCAUAACCUCAACCAGUUCAUCGAAGAUAAUGGCUGACGCGGCCGCCGGAGACAAAAAACAGUUCUGGCUUCUGAAGACGGAACCAGCGGAGUGGUCGUGGGCCGACCAAGCCGCGAAUGGCGGCCGAACAAAGUGGGACGGCGUCAAGAACAAGCAAGCGCAGAAGUAUCUCAAGUCCAUGAAACUCGGCGACCUCUGUUUCUUCUACCACUCCGGCGCCAAGGCCCGCCGCAUCGUCGGCGUGGUUUCCGUCGCACGGGAGUGGUAUUUGGAGGGCGAUGGCGGCGACGCUGUCGUCGACGUCGAGGCGGUCGGGGAAAUGAGAGAAGCGGUGGAUUUGAAAGAGAUGAAGAAGGGGAUCGAAGGGAUGAAGGAUUUCGCGCUGUUUCGGCAACCUAGACUGUCUGUUGUGCCGGUAGCGAAGGAGAUUUGGGAGAAGAUCUGCGAAUUGGGAGGCGGAUUUGAAGGGGAUGGAACAGAUUGCCGCCAUGGGAGUGAGGAAUAGAGCUUGAAUUUGAAUGCUGCA